AUGUCUGAAACAACUUAAUGGAUUUAUAAGGGCAAAGAAUUAUUGAAACCAAUUGUGGAGACUCAACUAAUUGGAGUGUCAAGAGCAAUCUUAGGAUUACCUAUGGAUCAUUUCUUUGAUCGCUUUAAAACUUUGAUCUAGGCUUCUUAAAAUAGCAAUUUCAAACAAGUAAACAUUUAGAGAAAUUAUAGCUAUUUCUUGAAAGUUACUAUCGGAAUGGAAUAUUUCGUGGAAUAUUUGCAGGGUUCUCAUCAUAAAUAAGCAUUUAAUUAUUUAAAUAAUACUAUAGGUAAAUUUUUAAGUAUAUUUAGAUGGCCUAUGAUGAUUUUUAUUCCAAAAUUUUAUAUGGAAGUUUUACCUACAAAGAUUAAAGAGUCUGCUCCUGCACUUCAUAAAGGAUUAGCAGGAAUAACUAUUGCUUUGUUUGAGUCCCUUGUAACUUGUCCAUUUGAAAGAGUUAAAUGCUAAUUAAUGACUUAAUAAUAAUCAAAAUCAGGUAGUACAUUUAAGAAAUAUUCUUAGUUUUAAAAUAUAUGUGGGAACAUGAUGGAGGAAUCAAAGGAUUUACUAGAGAUUUGUUUACUGGUAUGGAAGUCAUGAUUCUCAAAUAAGUUGUUUCUUGGACAAAUUAUUUAUAUUGGGAUCAUAGGGUUAGAUAUUAUUUCAAAGAGCGUCCAUCAUAAAAAUUGACAGUUUAGGAGAUUGUCCUAUGUUCUAUUUUUACUGCAAUUCCCAAUAUUAUCAUUGUGUAACCGUUUGAUAUGAUUAAAACAUAAUUUUAAAUGGAAAAUAAUCAUUAAAUAAAACAUCUAUCAAUUUGGAAUGCAUUUAAAAAAGUGUAUUUAGAAAAGGGAAUAACUGGUUUUUAUGCUGGUUGGUAGAUGAGAUUUUGUUAAUUCAUGUUCUAAGCAUUACUAACAACUCCUGUUAUGGAUUACUUAGAAAGAUAACAUGGUAUCCCAUUGGAGGUUUUGUGA